AACUGUUGUAAGACCGAGAAUGAAGCAUGUUACAUCAUAGUUUCAUAGUACAAUGUCAACAGCAUCAUCAGUUUCAUUUCUAUGGUCAAAGGACGAAGUGGAAUGUUUGCAGGUUGAAUGUGCCGACGGAAAGUUACAACCUCACACUCCCUGUCUUUGCAUACAGAGAUCAGAGCUCGAGCUAAAUAAACGACUGCCAUGGCCGGUGAAGAUGAAAUGAAAGCAGUAAGACAGAUUGAAGAAGCACUAGAGAAUGAGAGCUUGUCCUCAGCUGCAGGCAAGAUUCAAGAGUAUUUGAAGAAGAUUAAAGAUGUGAAGCUGAAUAUUGCUAUCACAGGGGAAUCUGGCUCUGGUAAAUCCACCUUUAUCAAUGCGCUCAGGGGCCUAGGGGAUGAAGAGGAAUACUCGGCCCCAACUGGUGUGGUGGAGACCACUCAGAAGACAACGCCUUACCAACACCCAAAACAUCCAAAUGUACAAAUGUGGGAUCUUCCUGGUAUCGGCACCCCAAAUUUCAAACCUGAGACUUACCUUCAACAAGUUGAAUUUGAACGCUAUGAUUUCUUCAUCAUAGUCUCAUCAGACCGUUUCAGAGUCAAUGAUGUUAACCUGGCUGUGAAGAUCCAGGAAAUGAAGAAGAGUUUCUACUUUGUACGCUCUAAGAUUGAUGCCACCAUAAACGCAGAACAAGAAAGGAAGAAGAAUUUCAACCAGGAUGAGACACUUGAAAAUAUCAGAAAGAACUGUGUUGAAGGACUUCGAGAUCAUGGUCUGGAGUCUCCUCAGGUCUUCCUCAUCUCCAGUUUUAAGUUACCUCUCUAUGAUUUCCCCAAACUGGUGGAGACGAUGGAGAAGGAACUUCCUGAUCACAAGAGGCAAGUCCUGAUGUUAGCCAUUCCCAACAUAAGCCUGAAAAUCAACCAGAGGAAGAAAGAGACUUUCCAAGCCAACAUAUGGAGAUCAGCUCUUGCAUCUGCCUAUGUGGCAGUAAUCCCAAUUCCAGGUCUCUCCAUUGCUGUAGAUAUUGUCAUCUUGGUAAGAGAGAUCAGAAUGUACUAUCAGGCAUUUGGUCUUGAUAAUGAGUCUCUGCAGAGCCUUGCUUAUAGAACAAAGGUGUCGGUAGAAGACCUGAAAGCAGUCCUCAAGUCCCCUCUGAACAAGGAGAUAAACAAAGACGUGAUCAUUAACAUGACGACCAAAAUAGCUGGGGCAUCAAUCAUUUUGGCUGAGUACUUCUUGAGUACCAUUCCAGUCUUGGGCUCCAUGGCUGCAGGAGGUAUGUCAUAUGGCACCACCUACUACUUGCUGAAGCGCUGUCUUGAUGAGCUUGCUGAAGAUGCACAAAAUGUACUGAUGAAGGCUCUGAAGGCCGAUGAGUGAGAAAUGUGAAAUGUCAAACUGUGUUUUGUAUUGUGUUUAUCACAAUCGAUGGAUGUAUUUUCAUAACUCCUUCUUACACAGAAAAUAUAUAUUCCCCUAAAAUAUACAUCAAAUACUAUGCUUCCUUGUGCUCAUUCAUACUAAUGUAAUCUCUAUAAAACCUACUGCAUUUAAUCUAUUACUUCAGUUUGGAAGGAUUCUAUCACCACCUUGACAGUGAAAUAUGAUUAUUUGUAGACUUGAAUAAUAAACAUUGAAUUUGAAAAUAAUCAUAGUUCCUAUUG